AUUUCCAUAAUUUUCUCUCAUUGUGUAUACGAAACAGAUUUCCGUUAUUAUUAUUUUAAUAUAAUUAUCGCUCAAAACGUGGUGUGAAAUAGUGUUACCAUUUCCUUAACUCUUUGCCAGUACUCCGAAGACAAUCAAACGGACGGUCCGUCUCAACAGAUCGACAAAUUAAAAGAAAUCCAUGAGUUGUCGAUCCAAACGCCCGGUCGUGUCAAAGAAAGGGCGCAAAAGAUCGAUAAAAUGGCAUCGCUUACGGAACUGAAGCCUCCGAUGCCAUCGACAACAACUGCGGCCACACUUAACAACACGCGCCCGAAGUCGAGGUCCGGAAAUCUUAGGGACAGUGAAGAGACGGAUUCGGGUUCAGUGCAGACUUUGGACCCUUUGCGCAGAAAAUGGAUAAUUUCUGCCUCUAAUUGUGAUUACAAUUCACUGGUUUUGUGUCUAAAAGAAGAUCCAAAACUGUGCGCAUAUAAGGACUUUACCAAUGGUUACACAGCUCUGCAUUGGGCGGCGAAGUUCGCUAAACCGGAUGUCGUGAAACUGAUUGCCGGCACUUAUGGCGUCAACCCUAACAUGAAAUCUCACGGCGGAUACACUCCUCUCCAUUUGGCAGCUAUUAAUAGCAACGAUAACAUUAUGGAACUUCUUAUUCACACAUACCAAGCGGACCCAAACAUACGGGACAACAGUGGCAAACGCCCGGCGCAGUACUUGGUUCUCAAAAAUAGCCACAAAAACUCGUUGGGAAAGCAUUCAAAUGGUGUGAUUGCGAGUCAACCGCGAAUCGCGUCGGAGUCCUCGCAUUCAAACUUCAUACGAAUCGGUAGUUUGAAAGCUGUUAAUAAAGUCAAACGAAUGACAGGAAUUGGGCACAAAAGUUGGGGUUCUGUCGAAAGCAUUCCCGAAAAU